AUGGAGGAUAUUGGAGCUGUUUCAGAGGGAGAAUGGACCUCUCUCAGUGGGAUGUACACUGCUGAGGAGGUAGAUUUCAUGUCCCAGUUGCUUGGAAAUUCUUCAAACCGGACAUCAAGCAUGGGAAUAAUUCCAGAGGCUUUUUGGCCUGGAGGCUACUAUGAAGGUGCACUUUAUUGUUCAUCAGAAACUUCUGAUUCAAAUUCACAAGAGGGUAAUUUGAGUGGUGGUACUAGGACUUUUUACCCCACUUCAAGCAAUGAGAGUUACUACUUGAAUGAAUCUUCUCAACCCAUGUUGGCAACAAACAAUAAUAACAUCUCUAUGUCUAUUGAUUUUGAUGCUGGGGAUGUGAUCAAAACCCUAAAUUCCUAUCUCAUUGAAGGAGAUCAUGAUCAAUGCUUGAACCAAGAAACAAGUGAAGGCAAUCCAGAAGAGUGUGGCAGAAACCCAGCUGAAGCUGUGGCUCUUGGCAAUCAGAAAUUUGAUAUGACUGCUGCACAAGAACAAUCCUUGGAGGAAAUUAACCCCACCAAGAAUUCAUUGAAAAGAUCUCAAGGCUUAGAAAAUGUUCAAAUGAAAAAGAUGAACAUAAAGGCAAAGAAGAGCCGGCAGGUGACAACUAGCAACAAUGAAGAAGACUGUACUACUGCCGGGCUCAACAGACAGAGCUCCAGUUGCUGCUCAGUGGAAGAUCAGUCCAAUGUUGCCUCACAUUCCCAUGAGAAUUCACAGGAGCUGAGUGGAGGGGUUAGUGUUACUUCAACUUCAAACCUGAGUCCAACAGUUGCAGCUCUCAACUUGAGUGGCAAAUCAAGAGCUAGAAGGGGGUCAGCCACUGAUCCCCAAAGCCUCUACGCAAGGAAAAGAAGAGAGAAAAUAAAUGAGAGACUGAGAGUCCUGCAGGGCCUUGUGCCCAACGGAACAAAGGUUGAUAUUAGCACAAUGCUUGAGGAAGCUGUCCAUUAUGUGAAGUUUUUACAACUCCAAAUUAAGCUGUUAAGCUCUGAUGAUAUGUGGAUGUAUGCUCCCAUCUGUUACAAUGGAAUGGACCUGGGGCUUGAUCCGAAGCUCACCACACUACAGCAAUCAUAA